GGGGUGGUACCUUCAUAAAUCAUAAAUCAUCCUCUGCAACAUCAUUGUAGCGUGUGGUUCUCCUAUCGCAAUCGGUAACAACGGUCAGACAGUGGCGGAUAUGGAUUCCGGCGACGGCAAACGGACCACAGGUUGCCACGUGGUGGCCAUGCCUUACCCAGGUAGAGGCCACGUCAACCCCAUGAUGAACCUCUGCAAGUUACUAGCUUCAAGACAAGAUGAUAUCCUCAUCACCUUCGUUCUCACUGAAGAAUGGCUCGAUUUGAUCAGCUCCGAGGAUAAGCCGGAAAACGUACGCUUCGCAACGAUCCCCAAUGUGAUUCCUUCGGAGCAAGUUCGCGCGGCGGACUUCCCCGGCUUCGUCGAAGAUGUCUCGACGAAAAUGGAAGCUCCUUUCGAGCAGCUCCUGGAUCGGCUUGAGCCGCCAGUUACUGCUCUCAUAGCUGAUACUCAUGUAAUGUGCGCCUUCGUCGUCGGGAACCGGAGGAAUAUCCCAGCGGCGUCGUUGUGGCCGAUGUCGGCGACGAUGUUUUCGGUGUUCCACCAUUUUGAUCUGCUCAUUCAAAACCAACAUUACCCAGUUGAUUUGUCAGUUAUUACAAAACGAGAAGAAAGGGGCGAGGAGCGAGUGGGCUACAUUCCUGGAAUUUCUUCAACGCGCAUAUCUGAUCUUCCGACAGUCUUCUCCGGCGACGGCCAGAGAGUCUUGAAUCGGAUUCUGGAAAUGUGCUCUUGGGUGCCUAAAGCGCAGUAUCUUGUGUUCACUUCUGUGUACGAGCUUGAACACGAGGCGUUGGAUGCUUUGAAGCGAAAGUUUUCGUUUCCCGUCUACACACUUGGUCCUACUAUACCUUACUUCAAUCUGGGAGACGAGUCCAAAGUUGCCACCACUCACAGUGACCUUAACUACAUGAAAUGGCUGGAUUCUCAGCCGAAGGCUUCCGUCUUGUACAUCUCACUGGGAAGUUUUCUUUCUGUUUCGAGUGCCCAAAUGGAUGAGAUUGCAGCCGGGUUGCGGAGCAGUGGCGUCCGGUUCUUGUGGGUGGGGCGUGAUAAAGCUUCCCAGUUGCAGGAGGGUUGUGGGGAUGGAGGAUUGGUGGUGCCUUGGUGUGACCAACUGAAGGUGCUGUCCCAUUCUUCUGUAGGGGGGUUUUGGAGUCAUUGCGGGUGGAAUUCAACUCUGGAAGCUGUUUUUGCAGGCGUCCCAAUGCUGACAUUUCCUAUAUUUUGGGACCAAGUCCCCAACAGUAAGAAAAUUGUGGAGGAUUGGAAGAUUGGGUGGAGAGUGAAGAGGGAGGUGGGAUGGCAAAAUUUGGUGACCAGAGAAGAGAUUAGUGGGCUUGUGAAGAGGUUUAUGGAUUUGGAAAGCAUUGAGGUGAAAGAGAUGAGGAAAAGAGCAAAAGACCUUGAGGAGGUAUGUAGAGGAGCAAUAGCAAAAGGUGGUUCAACUGAUACUAAUCUUGAUGCCUUUCUCUCGCACAUUUCACAAUCCCGCCGCCGCUGAUCACACAGCUCUGAAUUUGGCCUUCGGAGGUGAAAUUUUGUUUUCACGUUGAAGGCCACACAAAAAUUUGAUUUCUGUGUGGAUUUUCUCUUCGGUUUCCUCUUGGAAUUAAAAUAAAAUUGCCAUGGAUUAUGGAUUAUGGAUUAUCUUGAGGAAUUUUUUUUAUAUUCUAGAAAAAGGGGAAAUAGGCAAACCCCACCUUAGUAGUCUUAACUCUUACGCAAGGGUUUGGAGUCUGGACGACCCAAUUCAAUUGGGGAAAAGCUGACUAUGCAUGCUGUACUCUAUUGGGCCAAGUUGGUUGUCCCAUGUGGCCCCACUGGACUAUUAUUAUAUUGACUGGCAAUAUUUAGUGGCCAUGUGAAUGAAUGUUUUUGUUGUGGGAUAAUUUUUGGGUGUCAUACUGAAAAGUAGUCACCAAUCAUUGUACCUUAGCCUAUAUUCAAAUCUGUACUUGGAUCAUGAAGUUCUGUAUAUCACCUAUUGGGAGCAGAAGCAUUUUCCUUUGGUCCAUGUUA